CCCAGUCCGUGCACCAAACGGAAGCUGGUGAAGUACCUUCGAGCAGUUUUAUCGCUUUUAAACCAACAAACCCCUUUAAUAACACCUCUAAAUAACCCCCGCGACUCGGCAGUGCGUCUCCGCCCGCGAAGCGGAGCUGUAGACUGAAACAGGUCCAUAUAUCUGCCGCUGUAGCCGGUGGUAGCAGCAUGUUUACCUCCCAGACCUCCUCGUUCCAGGACUCCAUCGACGUGGAGGAGAAAGAUGACUUUGACAGCGAAGACAUUUCUGGAUACAACCAGAAAAUCCAGCUCAACUGCUACUACGCCAUUUAUCUUUAUCAAGGCACAAGAUCUGAAGCUUCUGGGGAAAAUGUGGCUUGGAGCCAGAGACGUGCAGACUCCACAACAAUUCUGGAGGACUUUAGCUUGACACUAAUUGACAGCAGCCUUCCACCAGAGGCAGAACCAGAGUUACGCACCUACAUUUCAAGGAGGCUGAGCAAAGGAGCCCUGCUGGGAGGAAUGGGAAACAUCGCCACUGUGGAACUAAGUAUUCCAGAGAAGGCUGUUGGCUGCUACUGCUGUCUCCUGGAGCAGGAAAAGUCUCCUGAACAGCCAGACACUGAUGGCAAUGGAUAUGUCAUCUGCUUUAUGGGCGGGUCUGAGAAAGGACUGAACUUAUUCAGAUUAGAGCUUGAUAAAUACGUUCAAGGACUCCAGAGCAGCCUGCAAAGUCCAAAGCUUGAGAACUUUGAUAUGGAGGUGCGACCCUAUCUGAGCCGGUGGUACGAGGAAUCUGUGAUGCACAUUCAUCGAGUGGUGCAACUGGUCCAGAACAACAUCAGCUUCUUGCUGCACGCUGCUUUGAGUCAUAUACUCGUGGAGGUCAUCAAUUCAGACGACAGGACAAAGGCAGAUGUCUCCAGAUUCAUCAAAGCCGCCAGUUUGCAGGGCCUUUCACAGCAAGACACCACAACAGCGUCUCUGUGCAAAGCCAUGUCAGAGGACACGCAGACUGACCUGAUCAUUGACUGCUCCACCAGCCCACCCACACUCACCAACACCGUCAGUAACCGUUUUUGCGAUGACUGGAUUCAGGCGUUUCUGAACGCAGCAGAGCGUUGCAAUCCCUUCCUACUCAGACAGAUUCUAGAGAACUUCAAGCUCAAGGCCAUCCAGGACAUGAACAGCUUGAAGCGCUUUGUGCGCCAGGCAGAGAUGAGUCACUACGCUCUGUUUCGCUGCUGUCAGUUCCUGCAGGGCUGCGGAAACGGGGACGUUCUGCUGCAGAACGCCAGAGCAGAGCACAGCGAUCUGCCCGAAGCCUGCAGCAUCAUCGCUGUCCUGGAGGAGUUCCUCAGGGAACAGUCCCAGGCCCAGGCAUGAGUUUGUCACAAAAACAUCUCAUCUGUCACAAGUCCACCUAAACCAGCUUCCUGAACGAACACCCCUCUAACCUCAAAGCCUCAAUUUGCUCAAAGAAAAUAAAUAUUACCGUGGUGACAAACUGGAAAGAGUCAGCUGUUAAGGCAAAAACAUAAAAUAAGUAAAAAUGAUAAACCAUUAUUCCACCUCUACUGUCGCUGGAGAGUUAGAUGAGUGUUGGUCAGAUCUGGAAUAUGUACUGUAACAAAAAAGCUACAACUUUUUUUUGUCUGGUUAUCUUUUAUCAUCACUACAAACACUAACAGUUUUAAGUUUGAAAGGUUUCUAAAAUGAAGGUAAAUAUAGAAAAGAAUAGUUUGACUUUAGUUGCAGAGCUUCCAGCUCUUCCUUGUGUUGUGUAAACGUGUAUAUUAAAAUACCAGGAGCCAAAUAUUUCUUCUAAUAAUGCUGACAAGGAUCACAAGAAAGACAAGAAUUGAACCAAAUGAGAGCUUCUGCUCAUUGAAGUAAAGUUAGUUUUUACUUCUCUGAUGUCCAAACGUGACAUUUUUUUGUUUUAUUUGUAUUCUUGUGAGAAUAAUGCACAAAUCACUUUUAUGUUUGUUUGUUUCUUACAUUUCUACCAUAUCUCUGCACUACCAUGUUAUUUUUUUUUAAUCUGAUGGAUACUGAAACUGUAAUAAUCACAUUCCAUGUGAUGUCUUUUAAUUCUCUAAAAGUGCUGUGUGUGUGUGUGUGUGUAUAUAUAUAUAUAUAUAUAUAGAUGGUGUAAUUUUUGGGGAUAUUAUUUGAACAUUAUUUCCUGUUUACAGAUAACUUCAAAGCCUCUUGUAGCUCCGGUUCAUGAGAACAGACGGGGCCUUUGUGACCUUUCACUACAUGUACUGAGUGUGUAGUUUUAAACAGUCUUAAGUGAGAAAAGAAAAUAUACUUUAAAAGUAGUGGCUGUAAAUAAGCUCACAGGUAAAUAUAUUAGUCCACUUAAGUUUAAUUUUCUCUUCCUGUAACAUUGUUUUUCUUCGUUUCAAAAGGCCUGUGUGCUGAAGAUUGAACCCAGAUUAUUACUUUUAAAUUCUAUCCAAAGUAUGUAACAGAGCAAUAUCAGUGUUGGUGGUUUAUAUGUUUAAGCUGUGAACCUGGUAGCGUGUAAACAACUUGUUUCGUUGUUGUUCAUUUUUAGAGCGACUGACACUCUUUGCAUGCGUGUUCUCAUUUCUGCACUGCCUAUUUUCUGCAGUCAGGAAAGACCGUGUGGUUCUCAGACGUGUACAGAUGGGGCUGAAAUAAACACAGUCGAGCCACAUUGUUGAGGUUGUGUGUA